CAGCGCUUGGGUGUUACAGUAGGUGCCUUGUUCAGGGGCACUUCAGCCGUUCCUGCUGGUCAAGGUUAUUGUUAAGGUUAAAGUUGCUGCUUUAACCAUUAGGCCAUGGCUUCCGUCAGUGCCAUUCGAUUACUUGUGAUAGUGGUGCCAGUGGGAUUACAGUGAUGCAGCAGUGCUUUGUCAAGUUUUUGUAUCGCACUUUAACAAUAGACGUAGACGCAAAGGUGGCAAGGAAAAACUCCCUCAGACGACAUGAGGAAGAACCUCGAGAGGAACCAGACUCAAAAGGGGAACCCAUCCUCAUUUAGAUGAUAACAGAUAGCAGUUUGAACACGAAGUCUGUUUAGAAACUGUUCAUUAAUGGAAACUUGAGUGCAAAACUGUUCAUGACGACCAACUGCAGUCCUAAAGUUAGCAAGUCAACUGCCGUAAAAGCAUUACUGUAAGUGUCCAGAGCGUCUUACAAGUACGACUUUCGACUGUCCGUACGGGGUCGUCCUCUGCAAGAGCGAUGUGAUAAGACUGCGCUAGACGUAGGGCAUCAGGAAGGUCUGCGAAGCACCAAGGCCUUUGAAGGUGCGGCGGAAGAGAAACGCCAACGCAGGAGAGCAACUCGCCUUCAACCAGCCAACCCAGUCGAAGGAUACACCUGCUCCCGAGUGUGCUGGUCGAGAAUCGGCCUGCACAGCCACCUCAGAGCCUGUCGACCGAUUCCCUGAUCCUCGGACCGAGGAAACGGCCAUCGUCAGGAUGGAUCAGGCAGGUCUGAGGCACAGGAUUGACAUGUAACUUGUCUUUUCAUCUCAUCCACAUCCUCAUUACUUUACUCUGUGUUUCAACUUUCAGUGGUGCUCGUCAUCUCACAGAUCACUAACUUUGCUGUAAAGGUUUGUGUUCCAGGCCGGAGUUUUCCUUGAACGAACACGCAGGUAUAUAGAUUUCCAGUAAAUCCACUCUACGCGUGGAUAAGAAAUGCUCAUUCAUCUCAUUAGCCGCUUUAUCCUUCUACAGGGUCGCAGGCAAGCUGGAGCCUAUCCCAGCCGACCACGGGCGAAAGGCGGGGUACACCCUGGACAAGUCACCAGGUCAUCACAGGGCUGACACAUAGACAACCAUUCACACUCACAUUCACACCUACCGUCAAUUUAGAGUCGCCAGUUAACCUAACCUGCAUGUCUUUGGACUGUGGGGGAAACCCACGCGGACACGGCCACAGAAAGGCCCUCGCCGGCCACGGGGCUCGAACCCGGACCUUCUUGCUGUGAGGCGACCGCGCUAACCACUACACCGCUAUCUUUAUGAGCAUAUUGGCUGCUGCUUGACAUCAACGUGAAUCCAUGUCAUGUUUUGACUUUAUGGCAUGUGUGAUACAAUGUUGUUGUUCUGCUCCUGGCAGACACCGAGUCUGGGCCUGAUGGCGCCGUGAUGAGACGGUGUGACCUGGCGGGGACCUCGUGCACGUGCGUGGGAUGAGGAUGCAGAAAAGUGCACGAGAUAUAGUAGAUGAUGAUGAUAAUAAUAAUAAUAAUAAUAAUAAUGUGCAUUUUAUUUGUGCAGUCGUCCAUAAUCAGUGUGGAAAAAGAGUAAUGGACCCUGUAAGAGCGUGCAGAAGGAUGAAAGUCGAUGCCCCGAGUCCUGCUUGAGGCAGACACGGGACAGGCGCAGGUUCAAGCCCUCGGAGUGUUACAGUGUUGCAAGGUCGCGUGUAUAAAUACAGCGCGGCUCGUGCGCUUUCCACUUCAGCACCGCGACACGGACAUGCAGCGGGAUUUGACGCGCCGACCCGCCCCUGCUGGGGACUUCUCCAUGUGGCACGACUACCUGGGUCUCAGAGCCAUGGUGGCGCGGCUGGCACGCGCAGGUGCGCUCCACGAGGACCAGGAGGAGCGCUCUUGGUGUCCUGAUGCCACCCCGGGAACUUCCGGUUCUCCAGGAAGCCAGGGCCUCGGGCAGACCUCAGAGAAGACAGUGUGCGGCUUCUGCAAGCAGAACGGAGAGAGCGCGGAGAUCUACACCAGCCACCGGCUGAAGGCGCGCAGCGGCCGCGUGCUGUGUCCCAUCCUGAGGAGCUACGUGUGCCCGAUCUGCGGCGCCUCAGGCGACGCGGCGCACACCCGACACUACUGUCCCCGCAGGCUCGCGCCACUCAAGUGUACGCCCUAACAGGGUCAAAGGUCAACAUCUUAAACGUCAGGUAGUUUAUUUAUUUUAACACUGGACAUGACUUUCAUUUUUAAGUUCUGAAAGGUUUUGUAUAGAUG